AUGAGUCUGAAGGAGGAUCCGCUAAUCAAGCGUUGUACAGCUUCGGCACUUUCUUCUGCCACUCUGACAUCGAGUGUGGCUGAACCUACUGUGUCUAGCACUGUCGCUGAGACCUCAACUUCAGCCGAGUCUCUAAUAACUGACACUGCGACUUCAACUGCUGCGGACUCAACCACGAUUGACUUGUCAACUACUCUCGCUCUAACCGCCACGUCCGCCGAUUCAACAACACUCUUCACAACCGAAACCUCGGCAGCUACAACUGAAUUCUCCUCCACCGAGACUACAGCCGAUACCACCACCGCCGACGCAACAACCACUACAUCCGAUGCCCCGCCUGUAAUCACCACCUUCGCCAUCAUCGCCGGCUCCGGCCCCGCAGCCAACCGCAACCUCAAAUCAGACAACAACUUCGGCACCCCAAUCUACUUCGGCUCAGGCGUCACUCUCCCCGCGCAGCACUACAACAUCGAUGCCGCCACAGGCCAGAUCAAAUCCGGCACCAAGUCCAUCUGCGCAUGGUUCAACAACAGCGAUAUGACCAAGGCCUACAUCACCGCAUGCACCGGCGAUAACGAGGAUGUCAGCAAGGGCAUAGUUUAUCUUACUUGCCAGGUCCCUGCUGAGGGAUCUGCCCUCCAGUGUAGCGUUCCAGUGCUGAGCUGUGUGCAGCAAGGUCGUGGUGUUCAGACAUGCUCUGCGACGUCGGGCACGUUGAGUCACUUUAGCAUGGAGGGCGAUGUUGGAAUGGUGUAUAUUGUUGGUGAUGGCUUUACGGGUAUUAAUCAGACGCCAGUUGAUCUGGUUGUUGACCAGGCUGCGGUUGCUGCUCCGACACCUUAA